GCACCACCGUUCCCUUCUCGUCCCCGCUGGCCGCUCGCGCUCUCUCCUCGCUCUCUCGCUCUUGGAGCGUCGAAGAAGGCAACGUCUAGGCUUGCCCGCUUCCUCAAGUCCGGCGAGUAUGCGGAGCGCAUCCGCGUCGGCGCUCCAAUCCACCUCGCCGCCGUUCUCGAGUACCUCGCCGUCGAGGAUGAUGAUCAAGGCUGCACUGUGUCAUUCCAUUGUGAAAUUAAGAUGCAAAUUCAUUGGUCGCGAAAACAUUCUAAGAGGGAGAGGCAAGAAUUCCAAUGGCACUAUUGAUAAAGAAAGGCAUGAAAGUGUGUUUCUUGACAAGCGUGGGAGAUGGAGAACCUUUGAUCACAAAAAAUUGUCGAGGAAAAAGGGUGGUUCACUAAGGGCACGGGGAUGGAAGUAUGGAUCCGGUUUUGUUGAUGGAGUCUUCCCUGUUCUAAGUCCCAUGGCUCAGCAAAUUCUAAAAUUUGUGGAAAUGGAGGUGGAUGCUGCUAAAAUCUGGGUUUCCCUUGAUGCUCUUCCUCCUACUCACGGUGUGUGGGAUGACCUAAUCAAUGUGGUUGUUCAACUUCGUCUCAACAAAAAUUGGGAUCCAAUUAUAUCAGUAUGUGGGUGGAUACUGUGCAAGAGUUCCUUUCGUCCAGAUGUAAUCUGCUAUAACUUGCUCAUCGAUGCAUAUGGCCAAAAGUUCCAGUACAAUAAGGCAGAGCUGGUCUACUUACAACUUUUGGAAGCCCAAUGCAUCCCAACUGAAGAUACUUUUGCUCUUCUUAUGCGGGUUUACUGUGCAUCUGGAUUGCUAGAGAAGGCUGAGGCUGUCUUCACUGAGAUGAGAAAAAAGGGCAUCUCUUCAAGUGUUGUUGUAUAUAAUGCAUAUAUUGAUGGGUUAUUGAAAGGAAGGAACACUCAGAAGGCGGUGGAAAUAUUUCAGAGAAUGAAGAAAGAUCGGUGCCAGCCAUCUAAUGAAACAUAUACAAUGAUGAUAAAUUUAUAUGGGAAGGCAAAUCGAUCAUCUAUGGCCCUGAAAGUUUUUAAUGAAAUGAAAACAGAAAAGUGCAAACCAAAUAUCUGCACUUACACUGCUUUAAUAAAUGCCUUUGCGAGGGAGGGGCUUUGCGAGAAGGCUGAAAAAGUAUUUGAAGAGAUGCAGGAAGCUGGGCAUGAACCUGAUGUGUAUGCAUACAAUGCCCUCAUGGAAGCUUACAGCCGUGCUGGUUUUCCAUUUGGAUCUGCAGAGAUCUUCUCUCUGAUGCAGUACAUGGGAUGUGAGCCAGAUAGAGCAUCAUACAACAUUAUGGUAGAUGCAUUUGGAAGAGCUGGUCUUCAUGAAGAUGCGCAGGCCAUGUUUGAAGAACUAAAGCAGCAAGGUGAAACACCCACUAUGAAGUCCUACAUGCUACUCCUAUCUGCCUACUCAAAGGCUGGAAACAUCCCAAAAUGCGAGGAAAUCAUGAACCAGAUGCAUAAAUUUGGUCUGAAGCCUGACACAUUUGUACUGAACUCGAUGCUUAAUGCCUAUGGAAAGGUAGGCCGGUUUGAGAAGAUGGAGGAGGUAUUAACAGCAAUGGAGAAUGGCCCGUAUGCAGUUGAUAUUAGCACAUACAAUAUUUUGAUUAACAUCUACGGACGUGCUGGCUUUUUCAGUAGAAUGGAAGAGCUGUUUCAGUCCCUUGUCAGUAGAGGGCUAAAAGCUGAUGUUGUGACAUGGACUUCAAGAUUAGGUGCCUACUCUCGAAGGAAACAGUACAAGAAAUGCCUGGAGAUCUUCGAAGAGAUGGUCGAUGCUGGUUGUUACCCUGAUGGUGGAACUGCUAAAGUGCUUCUCUCCUCAUGUUCCAGCGAGGAGCAGAUGGAGCAAGUUACAACUAUAGUGAGAUCAAUGCACAAGGAGGCAAGAACUAUGCUUAAUAUUUGAUAUUUUCGCCCAUCUUUCUUUGGGAGUAUUUUAAGUAUUUUAACCAUUUUUAUCUAAUUCUUUAAGACAUUAUAGAAUUGUGAAUUACAACAACAAUUUACCAUAGCUUGGCAUAAUACAGGAAGAAGAUCUUGUUGAAAAUUAUAUGUAAAGAUUUGUUUCAUCA